AUGAAGAUCACAUUAAUACCUUUGCUCGUUCUCUUUGUCUUGAGUAUAAAAUCAUUACUUGAAGGAGCUUACUAUUCGUCUGACCAAGUUGUUGAUACAUCAGGCAAGAAGCUAAGGGUAGGUACCAAUUACUAUAUUAUUCCUGUCCCUACUACCAAAUGUUCAAGUUUUGGCACAUGUAGAGGUUAUAGCGGGCUUGUGCUAGCUAGAGUAGUAACAAACAAGACAUACCCUUUUCAUGUUUUGGUUGUGGAGGGAUACAAAGGCCAACCAUUAACAUUUACACCUAUUCAUGGCAAAAACAAAGGUGUUGUUCGUGUCUCUACUGACCUCAACAUCGAGUUCUCCAAUCAAACAAGUUGUCCUCAAUCGAAUGUAUGGAAGAUUGACCAUUUUGAUAGGUCAAUGAGAAAAUGGUUUGUGACAAGCGGGGGUGUUGUGGGCAACCCAAGUUGGAGAACGAUUAGCAACUGGUUUAAGAUUGAGAAAUAUCAACAUCACUAUAAGUUGAUCUCAUGCCCAACUUUUUGUGCCUAUUGCAGGGUUCAAUGUAGGGAUAUCGGGGUAUAUGAGGAUCAAAAUGGGAACAAGCGUCUUGCUCUCACUGACAUGCCAUACAAAAUUCAGUUCCAAAAGGCCUGA